GACCGUGGGGUGGGGAAGGUUAGAGGGCCUUGGUUAGAGGUUAAAUACCUUGGUUAGGGGUUAGGGGUUGGUUAGGGGUGCCCUUGGAAUUAUUUUUUUUUGGUUGGGGGGAAUAAUCUUACAAUAUCAAUAUAUUUGUGUGUUUAUAUUUAUAAUUUUCAACGUUAUGUUUGUUCUUGUCAUUGUGGGACUCCAUACCUCCAACUAGGCAGGCUCUGUCGGGUUCUGGCGCCGGCGGCAGGAUGAGUCUGGUGAUGCUGCGCCGCGGCCGCGUCCUGAAGCUGACGGCGGUCGCACUCUGCCUGGUGCUGAUCAUACUCUUCCUGCUGCCCGGAGACCGCAGGGGACAGCUGCUCGAGCCCAGCUUCCAGGCCAGAGUUAGCAAGCUGACCAGCGGACGCGUCGUCUCGCCGCCCGUCUACAAUGCCAACAAGCCAGGCAACUAUGAGCCUCCGCCGGAGCGGGAGCGCACCGGUCCCGGCGAGAAAGGCCAGCCGCACCGCGUGUCACGCGCCAAACAGAACCUGGCCGCGCAGAGCGAGAACGAGUACGGCAUGAACAUGGCCGUCUCGGACGAGAUAUCGCUGGACCGCAGCGUGCCCGACACCAGGGACCCCGAGUGUAAGCACUGGGACUACCCGGAGGACCUGCCCAGCACCUCGGUCAUCAUCGUCUUCCACAACGAGGGCUGGUCGACGCUGAUGCGCACUGUACACAGCGUGGUGAACGGAUCGCCGGCCAAACUGCUGCACGAGAUCAUCCUGGUGGACGACUUCAGUGACAAAGAGGACCUGAAGGAGAAGCUGGUCACCCACAUCCGUCAGUUCGACGGCCGGGUGAAGCUGCACCGUAACACAGAGCGGGAGGGCCUGAUCCGGACCCGGACGCGCGGCGCCCAGCUGGCCACCGGCGAGGUCAUCGUGUUCCUGGACGCCCACUGUGAGGUCAACGCCAACUGGCUGCCGCCCCUGCUGGCACCCAUCGCUCUGGACAGGACGCGGAUGACUGUUCCGAUCAUUGACGGCGUGGAUCACAGUACGUUCGAGUACCGCCCCGUCUACCAGUGGACGUCCCGCUUCCGCGGCAUCUUCGAGUGGGGCAUGCUCUACAAGGAGAACGACAUUCCCGAGCAGGAGAGCAGGCAGCACGCGCACAGAUCAGAGCCAUACAGGGCGCCGACACACGCGGGCGGUCUGUUCGCCAUUGACCGCUCCUACUUCCUGGAGCUGGGCGCCUACGAUCCCGGACUGCUCGUUUGGGGCGGAGAAAACUUCGAGCUCUCGUUCAAGAUCUGGCAGUGUGGUGGCAGCAUUGUGUGGGUGCCCUGCUCCCGAGUCGGACACGUUUAUCGAGGCUUCAUGCCCUACAGCUUCGGCGAGCUCGCCAAAAAGAAGAAGGGACCGCUUAUCACUAUCAACUACAAGCGUGUGAUCGAGACUUGGUUCGACGAGAAGCACAAGGAGUUCUUCUACACGCGCGAGCCGAUGGCGCGCUUCCUGGACCACGGCGACAUUUCUGAGCAGCUGGCCUUCAAGGAGCGCAACAAGUGCAAGAGUUUCCAGUGGUUUAUGGACAACGUGGCGUACGACGUGGUGGAGAAGUUCCCCGAACUGCCGCCCAACAUACACUGGGGAGAGCUGCGUAACUCUGCGGACGGCCGGUGUCUGGACACGAUGGGCCAGCCGGCGCCCACCAACAUGGGCGUCUCGCCGUGCCACGGCUACGGCAACAACCAGCUGAUCCGACUCAACUCGGCCGGUCAGCUGGCCGUCGGCGAGCGCUGCGUAGAGGCCGACGGGCACACGGUCAAACUGGCCUUCUGCCGGCUCGGCACCGUCGACGGACACUGGCAGUACAGCGAGACGAGUCAGUCCAUGUUCCACCGUCGUUUGAAGAAGUGCAUGGCUCUGGAUCCCGGCUCUGGGCAGCUGAAGAUGCUGGACUGUGAUGAGCGCGACAGCUACAAGAAGUGGCAGUGGAAGCAGCUGACGCCCCGCUGGUGAUCGGACUCGGUGUGAUGAUCCGAGGACUGAGUUUCGUUGUGAAGGCUGAGACAGGAAGGCUGAAACAGUUACUGCAGCCGAGCUCUGAGCUGUGUUCCGAGUGAAACUGACCGUCUGUGCCUCGAUUUUGUUGGCGGGUGUGUACCGAAGCGGUCAGGAGUGUGCUGGGACAUCCCGUCCAGGGGACCACCACCGUAGGCUGACCAGGCCACAGUCUGACCCGGGCCGGCACUCCUCACAUAAUUGAAAUGACGCCUUCCUCGCUGCUGCGGUCUGCGGUCUCGGUUGCCGGCCGGCCGGUCCGGUAGCUGUGGCACCGCGGUGACCCGGCUGGUCGCUGCGGCAGCCGCACCCUGUCCUCUAUCAGCCCGCCGACCUGUCCGGCCCGGCGGCCCGGAUCUCAGCGGCCGGUCCGGGCUGCGGUCCCGGCUGCCGUCACGGUGACCGGCGGCGGCGGAUACCACCCUGCGGGACGAGGUUGCCGACCCGCUCAGACGCUCUCAGGAGCGACUCGGCGACACCGACCGCCCGACUGAGCUGUGCUGUGGGCAGGAGGAGGGGAGGGUGGACCCUCUGAACUCUGCGGUAACACCUAACGGCACCGCACGCCGAGAAAUUAUGUGAUCCUGUCACUGGGACUGUCGCUGGGAGUUUGUGCCGUGUUCUCAGUGGCUGUAAAUCUACGGAGCCUCUCAGUGUGUGAGCAGUGCGAUAGGACGUCCUAUGGAGGUUAGCGCUGCGAGGCGGUCACUGCGGCACAACUGGGGGUGGACACUCCGAGUGUGUUUUACGGUGGCGGUGAUUUGGUGGGGAUGAGACGCGCUGAAUUCGCUGAUCAGCGACAUUUCGGUGCCGUUAACUGAAUUUGAGUGAUGUUAAGGAACCAAGGGCUCAACUCCGUGGUAGAUAUUGACGUGAUUGCUUUGGGGUUUGUACUUGCGUCCUGGGACAUGGAAGAGGUUCAUUCUACUAUGAUGAGCUGAAAGAACAUUCCUCGUAUUUGUCCGCUACUUUGUGCUGUUCUGGAGGCCAGGCUGUUGGCAAUGCCUGGCUCGAGUGUUAUGACGGGAGUUGUAUUUUUCACAUUGUUGGCAUCCCACUCGUUGAUAGAAUACUUACGAUUUAUUAUUGUUCUAAGUGUUGAUGUUGGUGUUCCCAGACUAUAAAGGGUAUCUCCCAAAGAUAACGAGAUAGUUAUAUUACGGACGGACUCAACCAUAUUGAAUUUAACAUUAUGCUUCUGUUGUGUCUGCAUUGUGACCAAUGAACUCGGUUGGAGGUUUUAUGGGACUGCUGUGCCGUGCAUCUUGUUCUGUUACGAGUGAUGAGCACGGCUUGUGGCGAUAUACUAUCUGAUACACCGUUCCAUGUGUGUCGCAACAAAUUAUUUCUGUGCAUCAGACGGAUGUGGUGACCAAAUACAGGUGCUGGGAAAGAGUUA